AAUUUUGACCGCACUGAAAGCAAACCCAAGAUAACUGAAACGUCCUUUUUUAUGACCAAAAAUUAACGGUUUAAUUGGUUUUUUCUUAAUACUUCCGGAAAAUAUUUUUGUAAAUAAUUAAAUAAAAAACACGAAGUAUCAGUAAAAAAAAGAACUUGUUUAUAUAAGUGAUUCGUUUGAACACUUCUUACAACUUCUCAACAAAAAAGCCUCUGUUGUUUUUAUUAUCAAGUGUGUAAUCUAUAUCAACAAGGAUUUAUAACUAUUUUUACACAACAUUAUAAUGAAUGGAUUGUGGUGAGCCAAACAAGCCAUCACUUCCGUUAAUAAUAUUAAUUAUACCUUUAAGUGAAAUAAAAAAAAUCGUUAUAUUGUUUUUUUCUAUUAGACUGUGGUGUAACGGACAUCAGUAAGGGAAGAGGGUUAAAACAGAAAAAGAUUAUUCUGUUUACAAAGAGCUUACGUAGAAACAGUUUAUCUUGUUGGUGUAACACAAACGCAUCGAGUUAAGACUAUGUAUUAAAGAUUUUCUUUAUGUUGACAGGGAAUAAAAAUUUGUAUAUAUUAUAAGUAUGAAAUUACCAGUCUUGGUAUGCAUUCAAUUUUUAUGCAGUUUUGCUUAUGGAAAAUUAGUACAGCCUCGCAAUGUGACGGAGCAAUUAGGGGAUUUCGUAACUGAAAAUAAACAAAAGGAACCAGUCGAAGACUUAGGUGAACAAGUAAAGAAUUUUGAAUAUUAUGAAGUAGUAACUCCAAUAGAAUUCUCAUCUGGAAACCUUGAUGGCGAUGAAAAAUUUACACCAGGUUCUAAACACAUUCAGAUUUCUGCUUUUAACACAAGAUUUGAUAUCAAUAUUUACAAAGAUUAUACCAAUUCUUCAUACAGUGUUUUUGUGGAAUACUUUGGAACAAAUAAUUCUUAUGAGGGAAAAAUUGUACAGGAGGAAGAAUGCAUAUAUUCAGGACAUGCCAAUACUCUUAGUAACCAGACUGCUGAUGUUAUCCUUAAUGUUUGUGAUGGUUUGGAAGGCAUUAUACAAACCGAAUCUGCAACAAUAUUUAUUGAACCAGUAAAAAACACAUUAAAAAGACAGUUUCCUCACCAGCACAUUAUUUACAGAAGUAGUGAUGUUGUUAAUACCAAAUCCACAGGCUUUGGCGAUUACACUACAGAAGAACCAUUUGAUAUGCCCGUAAUUGCAAACAAAAAUAAAGGGAAGUCACGUGUCAGGAGGAGUGGUUAUGACAGUUACUUAAAGUUCAAAAAUAAGUCUGGCCGUAGUGUUCAGUUGUACUAUUUAGAUUCAUAUAAACGUGAAAGACCAUUUCCACCAAGAGCACUUUUUCCUGGACGAGUUAGUGGUGUAAAUACCUUCAUUGAUACAAUUUGGAUUGUCAAAGAUGAUAAAACGAACAAAAAACUCCUGUUAAAUGGCAAAGAACAGUAUGUGGCUCCGCUGAGCAGCAUUGGAAGACGGAUAGAAAUUAUUAUAACAACUCCAACUGGUUUAAAAUUUGUUGAUGAACCGGAAACGAAUGAAGUUGAAGGCUCUGAACGUCAUAUAGAAGUGAUGGUAGUUGUGGAUGAAUCAGUUACAAAAUUUCAUGGAAGAGAUAAAGUCGAAAAAUAUGUUUUCACAAUGAUGAAAAUGGCAGCACUUGUGUUGAAAGACAAGAGUUUGGGAAUUUCAAUAAAUUUUCACGUGGUGCGAUUAGUUAUAAUCGAUAAUUCGCAGACUGGCUUCAGGGUGUAUAGCCGAAAUCCUUCCAGAACAUUAGUUUCAGCUUGUAACUAUAUAUCUACACUACAAAAUAAUGAUGAAACGCAUCGAGAUCAUUUUGAUUUUGCUGUAGCACUUACAAGGAAAGAUUUUGGUCCAUCAGGCUAUGCCCAACUAUACUCUAUGUGUACAAGCUCUAGAAGCUGUGUUAUUGUCCAAGAUGAGGGAUUUACCUCGGCAUUUAUAGUUGCUCACGAAACUGGUCAUCUGUUAGGCCUGGAUCACGAUGGGGAAGGAGAAUCUAAAAAGUGUGAUGUAGACAGAUCAAAAGGAUCAGUCAUGGCACCUACCAUUGUUUCUCGACCCGAUCGAUUUCAUUGGUCCUCAUGUAGUAAAAAGUUAGCAAAAGAAAACAUUGAAUACUUUUCAUGUUUGAAGAACGUACCAAAGCAUAAGAAGCAAUGUACUGGAGCUUGUGAUGUCCCUUAUACAUUGACUGAACAAUGUCAAUUCAAUUUUGGCAGUUCUUCAACAGCCUGCACAGCUUGGAAGUUUAAUCCAUGUCAGAAAUUAUGGUGUCAAAAUCCCCAACGAAGAAACAACUGUCAAACAAAUUCAAAUCCUGCCCUUGAUGGUUCCAUUUGUGGCAGAAACAAGCAUUGCUCAAAAGGGUUAUGUGUUCCAGAUACAAAUCCAAUUUUUCCUGCUCGUACAACUAAAAAAAUGAAUAUAGUACAUGGAAACUGGGGAUCGUGGUACUCGUGGUCGAGUUGCUCACAAAGUUGUGGUGUUGGUAUUCGUAAAAAAAUAAGAAAAUGUGAUUCUCCUAAGCCAGGACCAAAUGGUUCUCCAUGUUUUGGAAAAAAUAUAGAGACUGAUUUAUGUAAUACUGAAGCAUGUUCCAUCCUAAAGUCGUAUAAAUCCAUUCGUGCUGAGCAGUGCAGGAGCUUGGAGUCAAAAGGAUGGACAUUGUAUACAGAUAAUGCUUUUAAUGUAAGAUUGAAACAAAGAUAUAACAAUGUCAACUGCUCAUUUGAAGAAGGAUUUUGCAAUUGGAAAAAUAGUCUUAAUAACAAUAUGGAUUGGCGAAUGAAUAGUGGAAAAACAAAAAGCUACAAAACUGGUCCUUCCAAUGAUCAUACAUUCAAGAAUGAAAAAGGAAAAUACGUCUUCAUUGAAGCAUCUAUAUCUUACGACAACAAAGUAAAAAAAGGAGAUGUUGCCAGAUUGAUCAGUCCAAAUAUCAGAGUACCACGAAUUUGUUUUAAUAUGUUUUAUCAUAUGUACGGUAGAGACAUGGGUAGCUUGAAAAUUAAACUUCUGUAUGCGAAUAGUACUGAACAGGAAGUAUGGAAUAAAUCAGGAAACCAGGGAGAUAGCUGGAAGAACAUGCAAAUUUCUUUGCAGUCUGUUUCUGACUACAGGAUUGUGGUAGAAGCUGUGCGUGGAGUGUAUUGGACUAGUGAUAUUGCUAUAGAUGACAUAUCAGUGGUGGCUGGAUUGUGUAAUUCUGAUCAGAAAGAUCAGAAUCCCUGUGUGAUUUCUUGUCGUUCGCGCAAUGCACAAUCUUUUAAAAUGAACAUAAAAGUUAAAGAUGGAACAAAAUGCUAUUCCAAUAGAAGCAGCGACGUGUGUCUUGAAGGAGUAUGCAAGAAAUUUGGAUGUGACAACAAGUUUGGUUCCAGUUUAACAUUUGACAACUGUAUGGUUUGUGGUGGCGAUGGCUCUUCAUGUAUAAGACAAACGGACAAAAUAGAAUUGACCGCAACAAAAGAUUAUGAAACCGUUCUCAAGCUACCGAAAGGUUCAACGUUUAUCAACAUAACGGAAACAUCACAUAAACCACAUUAUAUCGGCUUACGUAAAAUGUUUCACAACAGUAUCUACUUGAGUACGAAGUAUGAAGAUUAUUUUGUGAUUGAUGGCGUUUCUUUCCACUUUCAGAAAGUUUCUAAUGGUUUUCAACACAUUUCAUGUCAAGGUCCUCUUCAAAAAGAUAUCGAUGUCGUUGCGUACACUUUUACCAGUGAACGAAUACGACCUCUUUCAUUGGCUUAUGAAUACUUUGGUCCAAUCAGUGGGAAAGUAACGUACCAAUACAAGAUUAAAAGAUGGCAAACAUGCUCUCGUUCUUGUGGCACAGGAAAACAACAAUCUGUAGUUGCUUGCAUUCGCUUACAAGAUUCACAAGAAGUUAAUCACAAACAUUGUCGACAUCAGAAAAAGCCGCUUUAUAUAAGAUCUUGUAAUUUGCAAGAAUGCCGAAGAAAGUUCAAAUGGGUCAUCAGGAAAUGGAGCGACUGUUCUAAGACGUGCGGUGCGGAUUCUAGAAAAACUCGAGUUGUAGAAUGUUUAAAUGUAUUUGAAAAUGUUUUAACCCAACCUUCUUUUUGUCCUCGAAGAACUCCCAUCACAACAAUACGAUGCCCCACCAAAGAAUGCCCACGAGUAUAUAAAUGGACCACAGGCGAAUGGAAAAGUUGCUCGAAAUCAUGCGGAAUUGGUACCCGCACUCGAACAGUAAAAUGCAUUGAUGCCGAAAGUAAAAACACUGUUAAUGACGUCAAAUGUGUCACCAAAAGCAAGCCAAACGUUUUGGAGCCUUGUAACAUACAAGAGUGCGAUAUCUUCAUAUGGCGCGUUCACUUAGAAGGGAAAUGUUCGCAGACCUGUGGAGGAGGGUAUAAAGUUCGUAUAGUGUAUUGCGUUAACGAGAAGACUAAGUUAUUUGUUGAGAAUCGAUACUGCGAUGGUCCUUCACCGCAGAGAAUAGUGCGGUGCAAUGAACAACAAUGUCCUGAAUAUGCUUGGGGUAUUGUUGAAUCGAGUCCGUGUUCAGUCACGUGUGGAAACGGAACAAAAGAAAGAACAAUACAGUGUGUUGAUAAAGCAACCAAUCAGAACACAGCUGACAAAAAGUGCUUGCAUAAAAAGCCUCCAAAAAUCAUUUCUUGUUACGAAAGAAAAUGUCCAGGCUUCAAUGUAGCCUAUACCACGUGGGGUAGUUGUAGUGCAGCUUGUGGACGUGGUAUCCAGAAGAGAGAAGCUUACUGUGUAUCAGAAAACUAUGAGACGAUCUUAUCUCCUAAAGAAUGUGCAAAGGGAGAUUUGUUAUUAAAGAGAAGCUGUCAAAGAACACCAUGCGCGAGAUCAGAUAAACUUUUCUGUAAUUUUGAUUCACAAACCUACUGUGAUUGGGCGAACACUAAAGACGAUGAUUUUGAUUGGACAAUUGGUAAAUCUACACCUUCAAUUAAUACCGGCCCGUCGAAAGAUCAUACAACGCGUUCAGGUUAUUUCGCAUACAUCGAAGCAUCUCGACCUAGAAAACGUGGCCAUAAAGCUGAAUUAACCUCAAAAUACCUCAAGAUGAAAAAAGGCUGUCUGGAGUUUUGGUAUUACAUGAAAGGUCCAUCGGUAGGCCAGUUACGAGUUCGCGCUGUAUCUAGCCUUGGUGAGCGGGUAGCGUUUGAAAAAGAGGCUCACCAAGGUGGACGUUGGUUGCAGGCGAAAAUACUUGCCAACGAGACAGAAGCAGCAUCAGGCUACAAGUACGUGAUUGAGGGUAUUGUCGGAUAUGGAGUUUAUGGAGACAUAGCAAUAGAUGACAUCAAAUUUCACGACAAAUCAUGUGGGAAGAUUACAGUUUUAAAGAAUUGUCGCGAAAUUUCUCCAUAUUGCCGACAUGAGAAGAGAAAUGACUACUGUGUCAAAAGUGAAGCGUAUCGAAAACUUUGUUGUAAAACAUGCGCUGCGAUUUUAACGUAACUAUAUCUUACGAUGUCCAAGAAGAAAGAAACAUCAUGUGUAAACUCUUUGUAAAGUCUGUAAUCCAUUAAAAAGAAAAGGAUAAAAGAAGGAUAAAACACGAAGCGGAAUACAGAAAGAAGAAUUAUAUCAGAAAAUUGAUUUAUAUUCAAGAAGACUUUAAAUAUUUCGCCGUCUGUUACAUAAGCUAAAGCAGUUAUUUUUUUUUAUUUACUUGUCAUUCAACCUAUUUUCAUUUGUUAAGUUCUUUUUUUUGAAUACAAGAAAUUUUGCAUCAUUGCAACUUAGCUUUGCGCUUGCGCCUGUAUUUGGACAUUGCAACAAAGAAGUACUCAAUUGGUACGCUGGUAUGACUUGUAUAUGUAAGCACUAAUUUUCUAGUCCUGUAAAAUUAUUUGUUUUGUAAAAAAAUGUGCAUUAGAUGACAAUAUAAUUUAUUUAACCAA